CAGGAGAGAAUACUUCUGGAACAUGGGCACACAGCCCGAAAGACAUACAACAACGCUGUCAUCCCGGCCAUGAAAGCCUUCGACAAGACUUUCAUGCUCAGGAACAAAGCCUUCCCUAAAGUCACCUCACAUAAGUUUCUGCUGCUUGUGCCACUCUGCUAUAUUUUGAGGAAUCUGAGCCUCCGGUGGCCAAGGAGAUAAAAGCCUUGUAACUUGAAGGUUGGGUUGCUGACCUGAAGGCUGCCAGGUUCGAAUCCCACCGGGGAGAGUGCGGAUGAGCUCCCUCUAUCAGCUCCAGCUCCAUGCGGGGACAUGAGAGAAGCCUCCCACAAGGAUGGUAAAAACAUCAAAACAUCCGGGCGUCCCCUGGGCAACGUCCUUGCAGACGGCCAAUUCUCUCACUCCAGAAGCAACUCAGGUUGUUCCAGACACACACACAAAAAAAACAGUAGUUGCCAUUUGGAGUGCUUUUGGUGUUGCUAUAAGAAGGUCGUCCACUGUGCAUGUAGCAGGGCUCAGAUUGCAUUGUAAUAAGUGGUCUGUGGUUUUCUGUUCUCCACACUCGCAUGUCGUGGACUCCACUUUAUAGCCCCAUUUCUUAAGCUUGGCUCUGCAUCUCGUGUUGCCAGAGCGCCUUCCAAGUCGCCCAGAAGCCUCCCACAAGGAUGGUAACACAUCAAAACAUUCGGGCGUCCCCUGGGCAACGUCCUUGCAGACGGCCAAUUCUCUCACUCCAGAAGCAACUCCGGUUGCUCCUGACACGAAAAAGUAAUAAUUUUUUUUUGAGGAAUCGCCCUCAGAAAGAGGGUUAUUUUUUUUUUAGUCUAACCGCUCAUAGAUUCCCAACAAAACGUCAGGAGAGAAUGCUUCUGGAACGUGGCAACAAACUCGCAGCAACCAAGCUGGGCUUCCUUUGCACUCUGAUGAGGAGUAGGGGGCAGAAAUAACAAACCAAAAAGCAGCAACACCCUUUCCCCCAACCUUUGCAAACCCCAAAUAGGCACACACCCCAUAGAAGGAGGAGGAGGAGGAGAAAGAGGAGGAAGAGGAGCCUCUCUCUUUCCCUAUCUAUCUCCCUCCCUCCCUCCCUCCCUCCUUCCCUUUUUUUGGCCAUGCAGCUGGAGCAUUGUCUGUCGCCUCCGUCGGGGAUGCUCUGCAAGCGAUUCCUCCAACUGAGCGCGGCGGCUGUGCACGAGGCUUGUCCUCCUCCUCCUCCUCUUCCUCCUCAUCAUCUUCCUCCCCCUCUUCCUCCUCCUCCUCCUCCUCCCUCUUGUGACAACCUGGAGCGGGGCUCACCUCUGCGGAAGCUCGCCAGGGGGGCGGCGAUGACGCAGCCGCAGCCGCCGCCGCAUCAGGCCGAGGCGGACAAUUUCGAUGACUCCAAAGACCCGCCAGGGGACGCCCAGCAGCAACCACAGCAUCCUCCUCCUCCUCCUUCUCCUCCUCAGCAGCCUCAGCAGCCGCAAGCACAACAGCAGCAGCAAGCCGCGCCGCACUUGGACAGCCAGGACCCGCUCCAGCUCCGUCCCGCCUUCGAUGGAGCCACGGCGGAGCGCUACUUGCUCUCCUCGCCGGUGGCUCGCGGUGGUGGCGGCAGCGGCGGCGGCAACAGCUCCUCCUCCUCUUCCUCUUCUUCCUCCUCUUCCAGCCUUCCUCCUCCUCCGUGCGCCGCGAUGUUCCCCUACCCGGGGCAGCACAACCCCGCGGCCGCUGCCUUCUCUCUCGCCAGCCCCGGGCGCUACAUGGCGCAUCACCCGGCGCUCAGCAACGGCGCCUACAACAGCCUCCUCGCCAACCCCGCGGCGGCAGCAGGGGCUCCGCAGGGCUACCCGGCGGCGGGAUACCCCUACCCGCAACAAUACGGGCCCUCGGGCUACCAGGGCUCGCCUUUCUACCAGUUCCCCUCCGCCGCCGCCGCCGCCGCGCAAGGCGGGCUGGUGCCGGGCAAGGCGCAGGUCUACCUCUGCAACCGCCCGCUCUGGCUCAAGUUCCACCGGCACCAGACCGAGAUGAUCAUUACCAAGCAAGGCAGGCGCAUGUUCCCUUUCUUAAGCUUCAACAUUUCCGGCCUGGACCCCACGGCCCACUACAACAUUUUCGUGGAUGUCAUCCUGGCCGACCCCAACCACUGGCGCUUCCAAGGCGGCAAAUGGGUCCCUUGCGGCAAAGCCGACACCAACGUCCAAGGCAACCGGGUCUACAUGCACCCCGACUCUCCCAACACGGGCGCCCACUGGAUGCGCCAGGAGAUUUCCUUCGGGAAGCUGAAGCUCACCAACAACAAAGGCGCCUCCAACAACAACGGCCAGAUGGUGGUCCUGCAGUCGCUCCACAAAUACCAGCCUCGCCUCCACGUGGUGGAAGUCAACGAGGACGGCACGGAGGACAGUAGCCAGCCCGGCCGCGUCCAGACCUUCACCUUCCCGGAGACGCAGUUCAUCGCCGUAACCGCCUACCAGAACACCGAUAUCACUCAGCUCAAGAUAGAUCACAACCCUUUCGCCAAAGGCUUCCGAGACAACUAUGACACUUAUCAAGCAGACGAGGACUCAGUUGAUUGGCUUCUGGGCUCCAAGCCAGGCAGCGACCCUCUUCCCCUCUGGAUCUCCAGGAUCUACACGGGCUGCGACAUGGACCGCCUGACUCCUUCCCCGGGGGAUUCUCCGCGCUCUCAGAUGGUGCCGGGGGCGCGUUACGCCAUGGCGGCGGCAGCGGCGGCGGGCUCCUUCCUCCAGGACCAGUUCGUCAGCAACUACGCCAAGUCGCGCGGCUUCCACCACCACCACCAUCACCACCACCACCACUCCGGCGGAGGGGCCGGAGGAGGCGGCGGGGGCGGCGUGACGGGAGGCGUGGGCGGCGGAGGCGCAGGCCCGGUCCCGGAGCGCGGCGUUCCCCACCCCAACGGGCUGCUCUCCCCGCAGCAGGCCGAGGAGCCCAACGCGCCCUCUCCGCAGCGCUGGUUCGUCACGCCCGCCAACAACCGCUUGGACUUUGCCUCAGCCGCCGCCUCGGCUUACGACCCCGCGGGCGAGCUGGCGGGCAACGCGGCCACUUUGCUGUCCUACGCGGCGGCCGGCGUCAAAGCGCUCCCCCUGCAGGCCGCCGGCUGCACUGCGCGCCCGCUCGGCUAUUACCCGGACCCAUCCGGCUGGGGCGCGCGCAGCCCCCCGCAGUACUGCGCCAAGGCCCUCUCGUGCUGGCCCAACGCUUCCUCCUCGGGCGGAACCACCGGCGGCGCCCGCUUGGGGGGGAACCUCUACUUGCCCGGCGGAGGGAGCGAGGACGUCGAGAGCCUGGCGCCCCCCGAGCGCUCCCCAUUGGUCGCGCCUGCCCCUCCUCCUCCCCCGCCCCCUCUAGCCCCGCCCCCUCCGGCCCCGCCCUCCUCCUCUUCCUCCUCCUCUACAUCCGGGCCCCCUCCUCCCCCAGAGGACUCCAAGCCCCCCAAGGACUUGUCCGACUCCAGCUGGAUCGAGACGCCCUCCUCCAUCAAGUCCAUCGACUCCACCGACUCUGGGAUUUACGAGCAGGCCAAGCGCCGGCGGCUCUCCCCCGCGGGCACCCCGGCCUCCGAGAGCUCCUCGCCGCUCAAGAGCGAGCCGGCCCUGGCCGCCUCCCGGGACUGCGACAAGGCCACCUGCGCCAAGGACAUCGGCUACUACGGCUUCUACGCCCACAGCUAGAGGGCCAGGGGGCGGGGCGGGGCGAGGCCACGCCCACACUCCUUUUACUCCCUUCCUUUCUCUCUUUCCUCAUCUCUCGCUUGGCUCCGCAGUAGAGGCCACGCCCCCUCCCUUCUCCCUCUUCUCUACGCACGCGCAAUCCCGCUCUUUCUUUUCUCUCUGUCUUCUGCGCGCGCGCGCAGGAAAAGCGCGCCAAAGCCACCCUGAAGCACAUUUCUUUGUGCAAGGGAUGGCGCCACUGAACAAAACCAGCCACUGCCCACAUGUUCCUCCCAAUUUUCUUUCCCUCCUUGACUGGAAUGCAGUUUAACACCUUUUCAACUGCCAUGGUUUAAAGGUAAUAAUAAUAAUACACAUUAUUUAUAUUCCGCCCUUCUCCCUCAGGGGACUCAGAACAGAUUACAGUACAGUAGAGUCUCACCUAUCCAACAUAAACGGGCCAGCAGAAUGUUGGAUAAGUGAAUAUGUUGGAUAAUAAGGAGGGAUUAAGGAAAAAUCUAUUACACAUCAAAUUAGGUUAUGAUUUUACAAAUUAAGCACCAAAACAUCAUGUUUCACAACAAAUUUGACAGAAAAAGUAGUUCAAUAUGCAGUAAUGUUACGUUGUAAUUGCUGUAUUUACAAAUUUAGCACCAAAAUAUCACGAUUAUUGAAAACAUUGACUACAAAAAUGCGUUGGAUAAUCCAGAAUGUUGGAUAAGCGAGUGUUGGAUAAGUGAGACUCUACUGUAUUUUCAUACUUAGGCAAACAUUCAAUGCCUUUACAAACACAAAGGAUGCCACUGAACAAAACCAGCCACUGCCCACAUGUUCCUCCAAUUUUCUUUCCCUCCUUGACUGGAAUGCAGUUUAACACCUCUUCAGCUGCCAUGGCUCAAAAGAAAUAAUAAUAAUAAUAAUACAGUAGAGUCUCGCUUAUCCACUUGGAUAAUAAGGAGGGAUUAAGGAAAAGCCUAUUAAACAUCAAAUUAGGUUAUGAUUUUACAAAUUAAGCACCAAAACAUCAUAUUAUACAACAAAUUUGACAGAAAAAAAUAGUUCAAUAUGCAGUAAUGUUAUGUUGUAAUUACUGUAUUUACGAAUUUAGCACCAAAUAUCACGAUAUAUUGAAAACAUUGACUACAAAAAUGCAUUGGAUAAUCCAGAACCUUGGAUAAGUGAGACUCUACUGUAAUGAUAAUACACUUUGUUUAUUUUCCGCCCUUCUCCCCUAGGGGACUCAGAGCGGAUUACAGCAUUUACAUAUAUAGGCAGACAUUCAAUAUCUUUACAUGAGACACACAAACACAAACAAAUAUUAAAUAAAUGUUAAGCAUUAAAAACAUUUAAAACCAAUUGCAAUUAUUAUGGAGACUCAUCAAUAGUAUAUUUUGCUAAUUAUUAUGGAGACUCAUCAAUAAUAUAUUUUGCUAAGCUAAGUCAUCAGUGAUAAACAUGAACCAGAAAGAAAAUUAAGAGAAGUUUCCAGGAAAGCAAUAAAAAUAAAAUCUCAAAACAAAAGUAUGGAAUCAAGGGAGUUGGCGGUGGUAAAACUAGGCACCAGCACUCUUUGGCAGCUAUUAAAUACCUUGUCAAGCUACAACUACCAUUUUCCCAUAGCACAGCUAUGUCGGUUAAAACGGUGCCAAACUGCAUUCAUUUCCCAGUGUACAGCCAGCCUGGGGGCCCUAUUUUUGUAAUCCUCAUCAGCACUAUCUCAAUUGGUCUCUAGAUUCAAAUUCACUGCUUUGUCUGAUGCCUCAUGAAUGAAAGAAUUAACACUGCAGUUUUAACACAAUUUGACACCACUUUGGCCCUGUCUACAUUGCCAUAUAAUGCAGUUUCAGAAUGCAGAUUAAGUGCAUUGAACUGGAUCAUAUGGCAGUGUAGAUUUAUAUAUUCAAAUUCAGUGUGGCUCAGUCUGCAUUAUAUGAGUCUACAUUGACCAUGAUAAUGCAGUUCAAACUUUGACUGAGGCCCUUUCCACACAGCUGAAUAAAAUCCCACAAUAUAUGCUUUGAACUGGAUAUGUGGCAGUGUGGACUCAGAUAACCCAGUUCAAAGCAGAUAUUGUGGGAUUUCCUGCCUUGAUAAUCUAGGAUAUAGGGCUGUGUGGAAGGGCCCAGAGUCUCCAUAUUUAGUCCAAUGGUGGUGUAGAUGGGGCCUGUAUUCUCACUCUGGAAAGAGAUUUGGCCAAUUGAGGAAAGGUUUUCCAGGGAAUGGAGAUGCAGCUACUCAGGCCUUUUCUACUCUGUCCUAUAUCCCAGGAUCUGAUCUGGCAGUGGAGGCUCAUAUAAUCCAGUUCAAAGUAAAUAAUCUAGGAUCAGAUCCUAGGAUAUAGGGCAGUGUAGAUCCAGCCUCACUGUCGCCAGUAUAUAUAUGACAAUAACAACAACAAAUAUGUAUACAUUUGUUAUUGUUAUUAAAGGGGACCCUCAUUGAAACAAGUGGAAAUGUUUUAGUGCACUGAAUUGGAUUUAUUUAGGCACCUGAUGAUGAGGAGGAUGAUUAGAGAUGAUUCAGUGGGACAAGUGGAAAUAUUUUAUUGUUGUACUACUAUUGGACUGGAUUUAUUAGGAAGCUUUCAGAUUAGCUAGCAGAGGCUAAUAUUGGAAGCUAAGCAGAGUCAGCCCUGGUUGCUAAUUGGAUAGGAGAACGCCAAGGACUGUGGGAUAAAUUGCAUUUUAUAUAUAUAUAUAUAUAUAUAUAUAUAUAUAUAUAUAUAUAUAUAUAUAUAUGACCAUAUAAUGCAAUUGGUCUCCCAUCCAAUUAGCAAUUAUUUAUAUAUAGAGUCACUUUGAGGACAUGUUGGAACACACACACACACACACACACACACACAGCAUUUAUAUCCCGCCCUUCUCACCCCAAAGGGGACUCAGGGUGGCUUACAAGUCAUUGUAUGUAUAUAUUGUAUGUACAUACAAUAUAUUAUAUUAUUCUUGUAGCACAAUAUAAGCAUUAUAUAUUACUAUAUUGUACUAUAACACUAUGUUGUAAUAUUAUUAGUAAUAUUACAUGUAAUAUAAAUAUACUAUUAUAAUAUUAUACUAUUAGUAAUAUUACAUGUAAUAUAAAUAUACGAUUAUAAUAGUGUAUUAUUAUUAUAUUAUAUUAUAUUACAUACACACACACAUAUAUACACACACAUAAACACACACAUAUCUUUUCUAACAUGUCCUCAAAGCGACUUACAACAAAAAGUGGGAAAGAUCAAAACAAAGUGAGGCCUUAGUCUGAUCAGGGAAUAAAAUGUAUAGCGAAUUCACUGAAAGACAACAUUUGUGAAACCAAUUCCACUUUUAAAAAAAAUGCUAGUUAAGGUUCUUAUCUGGGAAUUGAUUUGAACGGGGUUAACCUCUGAGUUGAGAUUUCUAAAACUGGUUGUAUAUUGCUCCAAGCGGAAUCCGGACCGUGGCUUCCUUGAAUCGUAUUCACUCUGAUGCCCUUGGUUUCCCUUCAAGUCCCAUGGAUUUCAAUGUAAAUUGAAGAAACUGGAGGUGUUAUGCAUGGAAUUUCAGAGGUCUCCAGCGAAGUUUCUUUUCAGUAUAGUAAAGAUAAUUAAAUGGCCCAAAGGCAAUGGAUCCUGUCGGAUCUUGGAAGCUAAGCAGGGCCAGUCCUGGAUAGGACUUGGAUGGGAUACCAUCAGUGGGAGACCAGAUGCCGUGAACUGUAUUUCAAGGGCAAAACCAUCUGUCCCUGUUAUGCAUGUCAUAGGGUUUUCUUAGGCCCCUUCUACACUGCCAUAUAAAAUCCAGAUUGUUUGCUUUGAAGUGGAUUAUAUGGCAGUGUAGACUCAUACAAUCCAGUUCGAAACAGAUAAUGUGAUUAUCUGCUGUGAUAAUCUGGAUUAUAUGGCAGUGCAGAAGGGGCUUUAGGGAAGGAAUACUUAGAAGUGGUUUUUACCAGUUCCUUCCUUUGAAAUGUAUCCCGCAUUCCUUGGCGUUCUCCCAUCCAAUUAGCAACCAAGGCUGACCCUGUUUAGCUUCCAGUAUUAACCUCUGAUAGCUAAUCCAGAAAGCCGCCAAAUACAUCCAGUCCAAUAGUACAACAAUACAAUAUUUUCACUUGUUUCACAGUGGGCAGCCUCUAAUCAUCAUCGUCAUCAUCAGGUCCAACCCAGUGCAAUAAAAUAUGCCCACUUGUUGCAAUGAGGGCACCCUUUAACAACAACGUCAAGAGCUACAACAAAAUAUUUGUUACCUGUCUCUCCUCACGGUUUAAAUAUAUAGAAAAAAAAGUAAGCCCGUGAAAACUUUAAAAGACAUAGAGCUAAAAUUAAAACACAUCAAAAUCAUACAUUGUAAUGAUAUGGCAAUUUAAAUAAAUAGCCUGGAAGAGACAGAUCUUUAAUGCUGCUCUAUAUACUUACAGAUAUGCUAUCAAUUCUGAUCCAAGGAAUCCCUGUGGAAAUGAAUGUCUUUCUAAGUAAGUUUAUAUACUGACACUUUCCCCACCGACUUCUGUGGUCCUCUCCCCCAAUUUCUCCAAUUAUGGGCUGAGUGUGUGCUGGGAAGAAAGACCAGGAGGGAGAUCCCUCCUUGGCUUGGGAGGAAAGGCGGAUGGAAAAGGGCAGCCAAAGGGUGCCUGUGUGGGCAUCUCCCCUACUUCUCUCUCUCUCUUUCCCUUAUUUUUCUCCCUUCCUUCCCUCCCGUCCUCUCUUCUCAUCCAAUGAUUUCUAUCGCUGUAAAUCUUUGUAAUGAAGAAGCUACAACCGGUAAUAGACGACCGACUUGUUGGUACCCAUAGUGUAGUCCAGUGAAGAUGACUUUGUGAGCUGUACAAUUCUUUCUUUUUUCAAAAUUUAAAUUGCAUUCCGUUGGGAUUUUUUUAAAAUUUAUAUUUUUAAUGCAUAACUAAAUGACACGAAAACAGCCUUUCUGGGGGAUAGAUAGACUAGGCCAUGCCAAUUAAGAGUGAGCUGCCCUUCCUUGCUUUGUCUCUCUCCCUUUCUGUCUUUCCUUCUCUUUCUCUCUUCCCUUCCUUCAGUUCUUCUCUCUGUCUUUCCUUCUGCCUUUCUCUCUUUCUCUCUCCUUCCUUUCUUAGUUCUCUCCUUCCUUUUAUUUUUUUCUUCCUUUCUUUCUCCCCCUUUCUUCUCCCCUUCUUCCUUCUUUCAUUUCUUCUCUUUUUCCUUUCCUUUCCUCUUCUUCCCUCUUCCUUCCCCUUUCUUCUCUUUCUUUCCUUCCUUUCCGUUUUAAAUCCUUUCCUCCUUUACUUUUUUCUUUCUUUCUUUUUUCUUUCAUUCCUUCCUCCCUUCCUUUUCUUCCCCUCUUUCCCCCCUUUUCGUCCUUUUCUUCCUUUUAUCUUUCUCUCUUUUCCUUUCCUUUCUGCUCGCUUCCCUUCCCUUCCCUUUCAGUUCUUUCCUCUUUUUCCUUUGAGUUCCUUCCCCUUCCUUUCCCUUCUCUUCCCUUCCCUUUCAGUUCCUUUCCUUCUUCUUCCUUUCAGUUUCUUCCCUUCCCUUCCCUUCCUUUUCAGUUCCUUCCCUUCCUUUUCAGUUCCUUUCCUUCCCCUUCCUUUCAGUUCCUUCCCUUCCCUUCCCUUUCAGUUCCUUCCCUUCCCUUUCAGUUCCUUCCCUUCCCUUCCUUUCAGUUCCUUCCCUUCCCCUUCCUUUCAGUUCCUUCCUUUCCAUUCCUUUCAGUUCCUUCCCUUUCAGUUCCUUCCCUUUCAGUUCCUUCCCUUCCCCUUCCUUUCAGUUCCUUCCCUUUCAGUUCCUUCCCCUUCCCCUUCCUUUCAGUUCCUUCCUUCCUUUCCUUUCCCUUCCUUUCCCUUUCAGUUCCUUCUCUUCCUUUUCAGUUCCUUCCCUUCCCUUUCAGUUUCUUCCCUUUCAGUUCCUUCCUUUCCCUUCCUUUCCCUUUCAGUUCCUUCCCUUCCUUUUCAGUUUCUUCCCUUUCAGUUCCUUUCCUUCCCCUUCCUUUCAGUUCCUUCCCUUCCUUUCCCUUUCAAUUCCUUUCCUUCCCCUUCCUUUCAGUUCCUUCCCUUUCAGUUCUUUCCCUUCCCUUUCAGUUCCUUCCCUUCCUUUUUAUUUCCCUUCCUUCCCCUUCCUUUCGGUUCCUUCCCUUCCCUUUCAGUCCCUACCUUUCUCCUCCUUCCCUCCCUUUUUCCUUUCCUUUCCUUCCCUUCCCUUCCCUCCUCUCUCUCCCCUCCUUUUUCUUUUCUUUCCCCUUUUAGGCACUCGACCUGGUCCCUUCCCUCCCUCUCCCCUCCUUGAUGUAGAGUAGCGAGUCUUCGGGUUUUGUGUAGGAAAUCGAUAUGAUCAACCCAUUUUGUGAUAUCGGGGGUGGGAAUGGGGUGUGGGGAUCUUUUAAAAGCAAACAGAACCGUGAAAUUAUGCAUCAGACGAAAGUGAUUCAUUCCGGACUCCGGCCAAGAGGGAGACCGUUUCCCCCCCAAAAGAGAAGACACCCAGGGUGUUCAUCGCGUGUAUCAUUUGGGGCUCUUCUGUGGACGAUUGUCGUGAUUUUGUUUUUUAAGAAAACGAAACAAACUACACACAAAAAAAAUCCUUCCAUUUUGUUCUGGGUUCCUGUUUUGUCUGUGCACCUGAACUAAGGGUUUCUACGAGCUGCCAAGGCCACUCGCGUGGGAAAGGUUGGGUUUUUUUCGCCCGUUUGUAUUGUCCUGUGUAUACAACAAGCAUCAAAUAAAACCUGGCAAAACGUC